AUGAUCCUACGCCCGACUUCCUUCUCAACUAUCACAUCGCUCCGUAUCGGUUCCUUUCACGGCCGAAUUCUUGACCAAAAAUGCACACGCACACGGAGCCUAUCCACCUAUGCCUCUACGAACAACUCCACUCCUAAUUUGAAAUUGAAGAGUCCGAAGGCACGAGGACAGAUACGUGCAUUCUCGCAUUCUCGCCUGCGUUCGUCGUCCGCGGAUCCCCCGAAUCACUAUGCGAUCCUGCGCAUGCCUCCCGACGCCACAGCGUCGGAGCUCAAGAAACAAUUCUACGUCCUGAGCAAGGAAACCCACCCGGACCGCAACCGACAGGACCCCAAAGCCGCCGAGCGCUUCGCCCAGAUCUCGGAAUCAUACAGUGUCCUCGCCAACCCGGAGAAGAGACGACGGUACGACAGAGACGUGUACCACGUGCACCACGGCCAUCAUUCACACUCCCACUCGCGAGCACAUCACGCCCACGGACACCACUCUUCGCACACGGCGCGAAAAACCUACGCCGGCUCGCGACCGGCAACGGGUCUCUCGAAGCGCCGCAGCGCGUUCAAGGGCCCUCCACCUUCAUUCUACGCCCACGGGAAACCCAGCGCAAACACGACGAGCCACGCGCAAGCGCAGGCUCAGGCAGGUACGUUCAACUCGGCAGCAUUUACCGACGCCGACGCCGCGGGAACUGGUUUCGCCUUCGAUCCACAAAGCACGUUCAAGACGCAGACUCACGAAGACUACCGGCGUGCGAACCGACGUGCGGCAGAGGUGGAAGCCGCACGGGCCGCGGCCGCCGAGGAGAACGACUUCUGGGGUCGGUUCAUCGUGGUUGCUGGCGUAAUAGUGCUCGGCGUCAGUGUCGGCACGAUCGUGAUCAGCAUGGCGAACACUCCGAGGGGCGGGCUCACGCGAGCAGAUGGUAGUCGGAGGGAUGGCCCGCGCAAUGAGUGGACGAAAGCAUGA